AUGCGCGACCCCGAAGCCCGCGCCGAUUUUUUGACAUCAGUAAAAAUGUAUUUUCUUUCAAUGCCCGAGAUGCAAAAAGUGCUUGAAGGCAACUACGAAUUGGUUUUCAACACAAAAUCCAUGGAUGAGUUAGUCAUCGCUUUUGUAACAUUAGUUGGGAGGUUCUAUCGAAACCCAAAUUUCUCGCGCGAGGACAAAUUCAGGUUAUUCCAGCGCAUUCAGAUGAACCCCCACGAAGACGCAAAACGUUUAAUGAAGGGUGAGGUCGCCACAGAAAUCGCCGAUGAAGUCAUUCAAAAAGUCGGAGAAAUUCAAAUGAUGAUACGCAACACAAAGGCAAUGCAAACAAACAUUUACGACAACCAACAACUCGAGUCUCAAAUGUUUGAAAAGGUCAUGCAAAGUAUAAAUUCUGCUGAUCGCAAGCAAAUGUUUCCAAUUGACGUUUUACUUGAGCCACUGAGUUUCCCCAACGAAACUCAACUCAACCACUUAAAGUCUCAAUUUGGAAAACUCGUUCAAAGUGCUGGACCAGAUAAGAUGAAGUUAUUAGCACACAAACUAAUGGAAUUAGGAAUCAAAAUGGACAACGAAAACAAUGAAAUGUCUUUCGACAUCAACGACUUCAAUAUAUCGCAACUUAACUCUCUCAUCGUUUCUUUAUUGUGA